ACAAGAAGAAUGCGACGAUGGAAACUUCAUAGUACAAGAUGGCUUGCCCGUUGAAGUCAGAGCCAAGGAGUGGAUACUCAGCGCGAUAUCGUGGAUAGGGAAGAUGUCAAGGAGAAGGUCCAAUAUGUUGAAAGCGAAGGUGCUGACACUGGGAGGUGCACUGGUGGUGAGACCCAUGCCACUGACACCUGCGAAGACAGCAGGAAAUGCAUACGAGUCAGACGGGGGACAGGAGGGGUUGAGCGGGGAGGAGAUGCGGGGAGUCGAGUCUGAGGAAGACGAGUUGGGAGACUUGAACGGACUCGUGGGCUUGGAGGACAUCGUCGUGGUCGCGAGUGAAGAGACACGAGGGAAGAGAAAAGGCGACAGGCUCUCCAAGCCUACACUCGCGAAUCCCCGCCCUCGCCGCCUCUACUAUCGUUGGACACCGGAUGCAACCAGUAAGAGAUAUGCACUUGGGCCUCCAGAGGCUCAACGAUCACUGUACAGGUAGCUAGAAAAUUGUCAGAUGUAGAAUAUAGUAUAGAGAAUAUAAUUGUGAAAGAAUUUAGUGAAUAGCUUGUCUGUAGCAACAACGACAGACCUGACACUAUGCUCUUGAACUCCAGAAGUGUGAAUUUUGAGGGAAAGAUGG